AUGGCCGGCGUGCAAGGUAACAUCCGGUCCUUCAUUGCGCCGAUCAGAGGAUCUGGUCGAACUGCCCCGGCAUUCAUCGAGGAUUUGACCCUCUAUGAGCCAUGGCGAGAGUCCGAAGACCUUCCGAAUCUGCUCGCUGAUUCUCCUCUCAAGUUCAUCCAAGCGCCCUAUUUGGCCGCCCGGCUACCUCUUUAUAGCUGCAGGCACAAAUUUGGGUUGAAGCCGAGACAAUGUGAGCUUCCCGCGUUGGACGAGAGACCUGGGCCGGAGUCAAUAUGGUGCAUCGCGGCUUUCUGUCAAGUGUGCCGGGUGCAUUUGCAUGUCAAGAUCGAUUACAGCAUCAGAUUUAACAAUGGCUCUUGUCCAAACGUCGAUCAUCCUCUGCAUCACCUGGUGAGGUCAGCCUUUCAAGAGCCGUUGGAACAGAAUGCGUGGCGGCGCCAGAAUCCGGACUCUCAAGAUGAAAUAUACUCCUACCGAUGUUCUUCCCCUACCUGCUCCGCCACCGUUACCGUGCGUUACGGCCCUCCAGUCCUGCGUCCGAGCGACAUCCAUACCCUGACCGACCCGUCGCUGCUUGGUGAAAGAUCAAAAGAGGCUUUUCGCAAGAAGGCAGGGGACACAGAGGGGAUGAGGGCUCCGGCGCCGGUUGAUGUCCUAGAUGAUCUUCGAACGUAUAUCAGGAAUUCCUGGCGUGCAAGAGAACAACCAACCUAUAGAUCAAUCAGUGCGUCAAAUCGGAGAUUCAUUGUUCGAUUUGGACUGGAGGGCCAUGCUUGUAGGGAUGUUCUGGAGCAUCUCGGGUUCCGGCCUGCGCCUGGAGGUUGCUGGAUGGUCCCAGAACCCGACUUCGACGAGAACCUUCCGUUCCAAAGUCCUGCCAACCUCUGGUUAGAUAAUGCCGAACACGAAUUGACGGCUCUCAUUCUGUCGCGCCCCUAUGAAGAACGAAAGCUGCUGAAAGAUAGCACCCCUCCUGCACCCGCGGAUAGGGAGCUUUCACGAGCCCUUGGCUGCCAGGACUAUGACAGGCACCCUGAGAGCAGCACUGACCGAAUCUCUCCCGCACUGAAAACUGCUCCUUUCGUUGCCCUCGGGUGCCCGAUGGAUCUGUCGGACCAACUGGUGGCCAAAGCGUACCACUGGCAGGUGCAAACAGAUGCUCCAAACGCACAUGUGUAUCUCACCAACCUCAAGCAUAUUGUGCAUCAGCGCCAGAGUGAAGUUUUGGAGACUGAAGUCGUAUUGGAGACGUCACGGGGCCGGUAUGAUGCGGAAAUGUUGGAUGAAGCGUAUAAAGCCUUCCAUCUGAGCGAUGUUGGGGGUCCGGUUAGCGACGAAGACAUUAUCGGUUCAUUCACAGCCCAACUCGCAGACUCACCAGGCCACGAACACCAACUGAGAGACUAUCUCCGUAUCAUCGGAGCUCAUCGUGACAGUAAACGCAUCACUGACACUGCCCUGAACAUUAUUGACAGCUACGAGUCUGCACUUGCCUUCCUCGACGCCGAUCCCACAGUCGAAGACGAGCACAUCCAAGCUUUGUUUGCUGUCAAGACAAACGACAACAAGGCACUUGAGGAGCAAGCUACUCAAGCUGUUCGCCUAAUCGCUCAACAUCGCAAAAGCGCAUUUUUGACAAACUGGAUCGACUCAGGGUUUUCCAACGAAACGCGCAACCAGAUGGAGCCUGCUGAGGGCUACCAAGCCCUCCAGAUUGACAACCGCGAGAUCGACGAUGAAAUGAUCCUCUAUCAAUAUAAUAUAGCCGUCGAUGAAAAUCCCGGCAGCGUGGAAUACUACAACAGAGCUCUGGCCGCAAUCGCCAAAGGUCGGAAUAGCUCCAUUUUGUUGGACCAUUUACACAGCAGGGCGCCUCAAGAACCUCAGGGCAGGCCGGAGGAACCUGUCGGACUAGAAAAUAUUGGGAAUACCUGCUACUUGAACAGCUUGUUGCAGUUCCUAUUCACGAUGAACCAAGUGCGACAGUUAGUUCUCAACUUUGAUGAUUACAAGAUGCCCUUGGACGAGAAGAGCAUGGAGCAAAAGCGCGUUGGACAACGAAAAGUCAGCGUCAAGGAGGUUCAAACUGCGCAGAGGUUUGUCGACAGCCUGGCGUCUCUGUUCCGCGGCAUGAUACAAACACCCCGUUCAUCCAUCAAGCCGGAGCAGGAGCUUGCGCGGUUGACCCUGGAGACUGAAAGUGUCAAGGAAAAGAUGCGACGAAGGUCAACACUCAAAUCGAAUGAACGCCCCAGCUUGGGCUCGAUCGGGUCGUUACCUGUUUCGGGUCUCUCGCCAGUGGUUGACUCCGAGGCGAAUGGGACAAUGGAUACGAUAGCCAUCCAAUCUCCAACCGACACUCAGACCGCCGACGUUGACAAGAUCUCUAGCUCUGACGCUUCGAAAUUGGAAGCUGAAGAGGACGUGAGUCCCGGCCAGCAAAAUGUCGAUGAUCCCGUCGUCAAUGACAGUGCCAGUGAUGCCACCUUGGUGUCAACUUCUGAAAGUGACCGCAAUGUGACGGUGGAGAGAACUGAACAACACAUGUCGAUCUCAGAUAACAAGGAGAAUGUGUCACCCGUUAAUACCACGAAAACAUCGGUGGCUAUGUCUCCUUGGACUGGGCAGCCGCUGACAACAGCAGCACCAACAAAUCCAAAUGCUCAAUCAGGUGCAGUGUCUGGAGAUACCGACAAGAAGGCUUCUGGCAUAGAUCCUGAAUUGUUGAAGUAUGCCCCGCCUCCUGGGAAGCCACCCCCGGUGCCUCCACGGAAACCCAUCCUGAAUACUACAACUACGUUGGAAGAGUAUGCCCGCCAACAAGAUGUAACCGAGGUCAUGAACCACUGCAUUAUCCAGUUGUCGUACGCCAUACGGCCUACAGGUUUCGAUAGGUCAGGAGAGCAACGCGACGAAGUGCAUGAUCUAUUUUUCGGGCAGCAGGUAAUCCACAGCCAACCUGAGAAAGAAGCACCAGAGGCUCUACCGUUUCUCAAUAUCAUCACACGGGUAUUCCAUCGGCCCGCUGAUGUAUAUGCUGCGAUUGACAACGAGUUCGACCUCCAAGAUGCCCCAGAUGGCGCAAAAGCAUAUACAUCAAUCGCCAGUCUACCGCCAGUCUUGAGCAUAGCCUUGGACCGCGUGUCGUGGAAUAACGAGACGAAACGUCAAGAGAAGCUGAACUAUCACAUCGAUGUUCCAGAGACCAUCUACAUGGACAGAUACCUGGAAAGUUCACCUGGCUCUGACCUCCUGCAACGACGGCAGCAGACGUGGGAGAUCAAGAAGGAGUUGGCAUCACUGGUCACACGGAGGGAUGAGCUUGAGGAAAAAUACGGCAAAUCUGCAGAUGUGCCUGGUCUUCUCGAAGAUGCAAAGGUCAUCUUGGAAUAUCUCGCCGAAGUGCCGGGAGAUCAAACAUCAGGCGAACUCCAUGUGAAUCCAAACGCGAUCGCUACUCUCGGUAUCUUAGCUGAGAAUGCUCGUUCUGAGCUCCGAGAAAUCCGUGCUCGUGUGUUCCAUCUCUCCCAACAAAUCAAAGAAUCUUUCGUCGACAUGCGCAAACACCCUUACCGCCUCCAUGCGGCGUUCUUCCACCGCGGUUCGGCUGGUGGAGGCCACUACUGGGUGUACAUAUUCGACCACAAGAAAGAGGUAUGGCGGAAAUACAAUGACGAUCGAGUCUCCACUGUCACCAAUCUAAACGAGAUUUUCGGAAACCCGUAUGCACAAUUUCAGUCCCAAGGUCAACAGCAGCCAACCAGCGGCAGCGGCUUGAACCCGCCUCCGAACCCGUACCUCUUGGUCUAUUUGGAUGCAAAUCGGAUCGACGACCUCGCGGAGACAGUCAAACGGGAGAUUGUGAACCCGCCUCCUGGCGCCGCGGAACGACAAGAUCAGCCCCAAAGCCAGAUGACGGCUGUACCACCCACUCAGAGAUUAGGCAAUGGUGCGGAUGUAGAAAUGCUGGAGUAUGCCAAUGGUGGUGAGCAGGCCCGUUCCUCCCCACGAGAGCUUUCCAUCGCCCUCGACAGCCCCGAACCAAGGGAGCCAAGCACGGGGAAGGAAGGACAUUGGGAUGACAGCCAGCUGAUGAUGGAUAGGAAUAUUAACUGGUAA